UUGGUACUGUCGGCAUCUCGAGACUUGCGGUGCGUUGGUUAUCACGUCGGGUCGGGCUCUCUGUGCCACUGUGUCUGUCUGUCACUUGGGUUUAUGCAAGCAGUGUGGAAGUGUAGUCCUUUUGGACAAUCUAUUUGAAUCCCAUCGGCGCUAUCAGGCAGCAAAUAAGGAGCUUAACUUGGCGGUGAGGAUCGGUAGUGAGAGUGCUUAAGUGGUGACUCGUGUUGUGCGUCUGCUUUUCCACUGGAAUGUAUAUUCUGGAUGUGAAGCGAUUGCUGAAGAGGAAAAUUUGAUAAUUCCUGAUUAAAUAUUAAUCUGUGCACCCGGAGAUAUAUCGAAAACGGAUGGUUGAUGUUUUGGCAAGUGGUAAGGAAAUCGAAAAUCUGCCACGUGAGAGGCUGGACAUACCGGCCGGAUUGGGUGAAAUCGAGCUGUUAAUGUUAAUGUUAAUGUAACCUGGAUCAAAGAAUCGAUCAGAACAUAAUUUCGUUUCUUCGCGAUGGAUUAUCGAAAGCGAAUCGAUGACAACUUACAAGUGAGUGUCGCUUGAUGGGAUUCUAUCGUUGGAUACAAUAAGUCACGUUGAUUGAUGUCGUUUGUAAUACAUCCAGCAAAUGAUAUUGGAUGAUUACUUAGCCAUAUGAGAUAAUCGGCUUUACUGGAUUUGCUGUUUCGUGUGUCUUUCGGGGGUAGUGCUGGUCGUGUUGAUUAUUCGUAAAAACAAGCUGCAAAAAAUAUUCAUUCCGACAAUUAGUGCUAGUUGAUGCAGAAUGUUAACAUAAUUGAAGUGAAUCUUCUGGAAAAUAAUAAAUAAUUGUCGAUCUUAGUGGAGAAGAAAUUGUGAUUGAUAAGUGAGUGAAGAAGAAAUUCAACUGAUUCUCUUGUGCGAGAAUCAGUGAAAAAAAGAAAAUCUGUGAAUAUAAGGAGCAUCACACGCUCACAUCAGACUUGUAGCAUUUGUGAGAAAGAAGACUAGUGUGACUUUCAACAACUGCUAAUCCUUCCUCCCAUUGGAUUAUAUUCUAGCACUAAGAAAGGCUGAGGCCGUUAUCAUGUUUCUGUAAGUGAUGCAUCAAACGCAGUUUUCAACUUCAAAUUAGCGAUAAUAAAUAAAAAAUGGUAGACGAUCUGAGUUGAUAAAAAUGGAUUUAAAGGAAAUAAUACUGCUGCUAUGUUUGGUUUUAACAUUUACCCGGGCAACACACAAAGAUAAUAAAAGACUGAAUGAGACGUUGAGCACCUGGACCCCAUCCAACUCAGAUCCGGAGGAUGAGGACGACGAAGAGGUGCAGAAACGCGCGAAAGCACAAGGCUGGUCAUCGUGGACCGAAUGGUCGACCUGUUCCAGAUCUUGCGACGGUGGGGUGGCGUACCAGCUGCGACGCUGCCAUGCUCCCCACGGAUGCAAGGGGGACGCCGUGCGGUACAAAAUAUGUAAUAUGCAGCCAUGCCCCGAGCAGCAGGAUUUUCGCGCCCACCAGUGUUCAGCGUACGAUGAUGUGCCCUACGACGGGGCACUGCUGAAAUGGACCCCUCACUACGACUAUUCGGAGCCGUGUGCUCUGACUUGCAGGGGACGACCCCAGCAUCUGCUGGAGGAUAUGCCGGACUCUGGCGGCACCAGCGAAUCCUUCCCACCCGCCGUGGGAGAUGACGAACCGAGCGUGAUAGUGCAGCUCUCGAACCGUGUCCAGGAUGGCACCAGGUGUAGACCCGGAAGUUUGGACAUGUGCAUCCAGGGAAAGUGUCAGCGCGUGGGAUGUGAUCUGAAAAUCGGCUCGACGAAAAAGAUCGACGUAUGCGGCGUUUGCGGCGGGGACGGAACAUCCUGCACCCAGCCACUGUACCAGUGGGAGAUAGCACCGAUGUCACUCUGCUCGGUGACUUGCGGUGGCGGAUACAAAAUGGCAAUGCCCACAUGUCGAAACCGUGUAACCGGUGUUGACGUUGAAGAAUCAUUGUGUAAUGCCUCUUCCCGACCCGAACCCACCGUGGUACAAUGCAAUACACAUCUCUGUCCGCCGAAAUGGGUCACCGAUGAGUGGCGACCCUGCUCCAAAUCUUGCGGAGGCGGCAUCCGGGACCGAGUGGUUGUAUGCGCCGAAGAGAGCAACGGUUCCAAAAAUAAGGUCCCAGACGAGGCGUGCCGCGGCGUUCGGCCGAAAAGCCAGGAAACGUGCAAUUCCCAGGAGUGUCCCAAGUGGAUUGCCGGCGAAUGGAGCGGGUGUUCCGUGUCGUGCGGAAGUGGCAUUCAAAUUCGCACUAUCGAGUGUAUGGACUCAAGUGGCCACUACAGCAACCAGUGCGACCCCAAGAGCAAACCCUCGACCGGACAACAGUGCACAACCGGUAUCGGUUGCAAUGGUGAUGCCCCCUCGUCCUCAGCUCUCGCGGCUAUCAUGUCACCACCAGCGCUCACCCCAAACAGUGGUGCGAUUGUGGGUGGUGGCAAACACGGUGGCGGCGAGUCCUCGUCCACGAAAGAGAAGCUGAGCCACGUGGAACGAGACCCCACGCUAAUGACGUACAACGAUCAACCGUAUUACGCGCAACCACUGCGGCAGGACCGAUUACCGAAAGCGGAGAAAAUUGUCUCGCAGCGUGUUCCUAGCGAAGCAACAUUCAUUCAGGAUACCGAGUGGUCCCCCUGCAGCGUGACUUGCGGCGAAGGAAUCCGACGGAAGCCGUUCAGAUGUAAAAUCUUUCUGGAAUUUUCCAAACGAGUUGCGAUUCUGAAUGACUCGCUCUGUCACGCAUAUAAACCUCUGGAUGAGGUGGAACGAUGCGUUAUGGAACCGUGCUCUUACUCGCAUAAUUUUGAGGAAUCUUAUCUGAAAGAUGGCAACCGGCAGAACUUGGAUGGAAUCAAAGUACAGGCUGCAGUUCCCGGGAAGACUUACUCCUGGCGGGAAGAGGGCUACACCAGCUGUAGUGCAUCCUGUUUGGGGGGCGUUGAGGAGUUGAUCAUAAACUGCAUCCGUGACGAUACGAGCAAAAUUGUUUCACCGUUUCUUUGUUCCCCGGAAACGAAACCUGAAGCUCGAAUACGAACCUGUAACGAUAUACCGUGUCCACCGCGAUGGAAUUAUUCGGAGUUCACACCCUGUUCGAAGUCCUGUGGUUUCGGAAUUCAAACGCGAGAGGUAACUUGCAUUCACGAAGUGACACGAGGUGGUGAAAAUACAAUGAUCGUACCGAACAGUAUGUGUACCACUAAACCCCAACCCGAUCGACAGUACUGCAACAUAAUCGAUUGUCCCGUUCGGUGGGAAGUGUCCGAGUGGAGCAAGUGUUCAAAAUCAUGUGGAGGCGGCUUCAAAGAGCGACGUGUUGAGUGCAAACAAAUUAUGGCCCAGGAACACAAGGUGGAACGUCCCGCGUCGAUGUGUCCCAGCAGCAAACCACCCGAUAAGAAACCUUGCAGCACAAAAGCAUGUGCUCCCGAGGACCAACGACCGCCUAUCGCUGGAACCAAUUCAACCUUCAUCCAACAUGAUCCGAAGAAGAAUAAAAUCACCCUGAAAAUAGGUGGUGCCGCAACGAUAUUCUUUGGGACACAAAUUAAAAUCAAAUGCCCCGUGAAACGAUUCAACAGAACUAAAAUACGAUGGAGCAAAGACCAAGUACCUUUGACCAAAUCGAAAAAGAUCAAGAUAUCGAAGAAGGGUGCACUGCGGAUCCUCGAUGUAACGUUUCGUGAGGCGGGAGUCUAUACCUGUCACGCAGGUCUAAGCCACGCGGAUCUUCGACUAUCGGUGAAACCGAAACCCGGGAACGUUGGCAACUAUGGAGAUGAGAAUGACAGUCAUCGGGAUGGCGCGGAUUUGAAUGCUUUACGAGAUCAUUCGGUGCUAUCGUCCCAGAAUGGGGCGGAUGAGAAAGGUGGCCGAAGAAAUCGUGAACGAAAUCGGGGGAAAAACCGACAACGGCAACUAAACGGACCCAUUGAAAAUGCGGAGAGCAGCGUAAUGGAAGACGAGGAGCUCAUGAAGUCCCACUCCCAAAUGACCGCUUCGGAUAGCACGGUGGCUUCCGAUGCGAUGGCCGCGGCCAGUUCCGGCACGCGAACUAUGCCGAUGCCUCACUUUCAGCAUCUUCUAGCCAGCUUGCAGCUUCUUCUGUGGCCUUUUCAGACAUUCACCAAUUCUAAGGGUCAUCAGCUCCUGAUGGAGCACGAGUACAGCUUUGCGGACUCGGAACGAGCGGAGAAGGAUGAACCGGCAAGACCGUACAAUGUUUAUGAGCUUCUGAAAUCGAGGGAUGGGCCGCAUGCGGAUGCCAGGGUGAAUGGCUCAGAAUCGGAUGACGAGCGAGCGACAAUUGUGGAAAGGAUUCAGCACGAAUGGAUGACAACACCGUGGUCCGAAUGUUCACAAACCUGUGGCAGCAACGGGAGCGGUUAUCGGCUCCGCUCGGCCCAUUGCAUGGUCAGGCUAGCGAAUUCAUCACAGCACACAGUGGACAACGGCUUAUGUGAGGAUGCCGGCUUGCCAAUUCCCGAAACGGUGGAAAAAUGCGGCAAUAUAGAGUGUCCUCGCUGGGUGUCCAGCGAGUGGUCUCUCUGUUUGCAGUCCAAAUGUUUUACCUGGCACACGGCACUCCAAAAGCGGGACGUUUUCUGCAGAUUCGGAAACGUCACCAACAGUGACAAAUGUGACGAGCAGGAGAAGCCCGUCACCAAGCAGGAGUGCUACAACGAGAUGUGCAAGGGUGUGUGGCGUGUGGAGCCCUGGUCAGACUGCAACGCAGCCUGCGGUGGCCAGGGCAUCAAAUAUAGAAUAUUACAGUGUGUGUGGUACGGCACCAAGAAACCAGCCGGGAACGCGUGUAAGGAUCAACCGCGGCCCGCUGUAAUGAAAGUCUGCAAAGGACCUCCUUGCAUUUCCGAUAUAUCAGAGUGUAGAGACUUAUCGAAGUAUUGUACAAAUGUAAAAACAAUGGGCUUAUGCAGACUUCACCGCUACCAGCAACAGUGUUGCAAAACAUGUAGAUUUAAUAUUUAUAACUAAAGUAUUCGAAUGUGGCUGCAAAGUGGCAGUAGUAGUACAGUCGACCCGAGGAACCAAAAAUAUUGCUGCGGAAGGAGUUUGAUUGAGUCCUAUUGGAUCCUACCAAAAAGACUUUGUAACGAACUCAAUAGAAGCUUUGUGCUGUCCUGACAUUAAGCAAAAACAACCACACAGAAACGUGAACAUUUGAAUGCGGGACAGUUGUGUAUUAUAUAUUGAAAUAUACAGAAAAAUAAUUUAGACAUAUAAAGCAAUUGAGGGUAAGGCCAAUGAACGAAACUAAAUAUAUAAAAAUGUAAUUUACUGUGCUUUAUCAGAAAAGUUCUUCAAAAGAUAUGGCAGAAAAAUGGCCCCCUGAUGUAAAUAGUUGAAUAAAUAACUAAGGAAAUUUGGAAACUAUGAAAAACAAUACUGAUAUUAGGAUAAUCAAGAGAGAAAGAGCAUCGAUAGAAAACCUUAAAAUUGAACAAUUAUACGUUUCGUUCAACAUUUACUAUUUUUGCCCUUUUCAUACCUUCAGGAUACAAGUCAGUAAAUUGCCAAACAAAACAGUACUCUUUGAUAAACGAAAGCAUUAUUGAAAAGUAUUCUCAACUUUAGAAGCUACGAAUUGUUCCUCCGAGAAGUAAAUAAAACAUACAUUUGUUCGAAUGACCACGUUGGUUAAAUGCUAAAAGAUAACCUACGCCUAAGUUGUUUUACAAUUCUCAUCUCACGCGAUACACAUUUUAAAUCCAUUUUUGGGCAAACAUGUAAACCCCUAGGAUCUGAAACUCACGAAUACAACUACACAUUUUUAGGAAACAUUAUAAUACCGUGCAACUAAGCAAGGAAGAUCCGCCUAAACAAAUUAAUUAAAACACUUACCACUCUCAAACUUACAAAUAUCAUACCUUAGUCCUAUUUCUAAACCAAAAAAAACACAAAAGCAAAACGCUCCACUGGAGGAUUUCACCUGAGCUACCUAAACUGAUGUAAAGCGAACCAAAACUUUCUCCGAUCAAGCAACCUAAAUUGUGAUCCGAAUCGAACCCAUUUGUUGUUGUUGAGCAAACGAAAUUGUCACACUGAUUGUGGACAGAAGAAAACUCGUUACAGCUGUUAGUUGUUAAUUUACGGUGAGCAUCGGUGGAAACGAGACGGCACUAAGCUAGACAGGUGAAAAAGGGAAGCGUACAAGCAAGAGGACAGUAGACAUAGAAGAAGACAGAACAAAACCAAAUCAAUAUAAACGUAAACACGUCCGAUCCGACUCAGUUAAGUUAUGUACAGAUUGAUUGCAACGGAAACAUAAACUCUUGUAGGCAACGAAUGUUGAAUGGUUCGGAAAAAAAAUUGUUAGGAGUCAAUUAGAAAUUGGUAGGGUCUUGGAGUUGUGAGACGGGAUGUUUGCUCUGUGGAGUCUGUCUGAUAAAUGAACCAAUCUCUCAAAGUGGCCAUUAAAUAAAAAAAAUUCCUGAUCUGUUUCUAUGAACGCCACUCCCAAAAUUAUGAUCGAAUAUAUUAAAUAAAUUGGAGAGAAUGCUUCAAUAACAAGUCAUGAUAUCAACAGUUAUAAAAACAAACCAGAAUCAAGAACUUUUCGUAUUUGUCGUAUUUGGAAAAAUGCAAAAAUCGUACCGGGUCUAAUGAAAAAUGAAGAAAGGACUGGAAAAGUUUUCCAAAUUAACAGAAUACUUACAAAGGACCAUCAGUGACAAAAAUUAUAUGUGUAUGUGUUUGUUUGUACUCCAAACUAGCUGACUCAGCGAACUUCGUCCCGCUCAAAAUAUUUUUUUUGAUAUGAAUUCUUUAGAACAUUCACAUUUUCUUACUAAACGAAUGUUCGUGGGAUCAAUCGCAGAACUCUCCAUUGAUUGAUCUUCUAAUUGAUCCUUUACUAUUUCCUCUACUUUAAAUUUCCUAUUACUUCUACCAAAACUCAUCAUUAACAGUUCGGUUGAAAUGUUUAUAAGGUAACACAGUAAAACAAUAUCUUUUUUUGCAAAAUUCAAUUUUUGUUAUUCAACAUAAUUGCCAUCGAGGGCGAUACAGUGAUUAUAGCGAUCUUGAAACUUUUCGAUACCAUUUUUAUAGUACUCUUUCGGUUUUUCCAAAAUAGGCCUCAGUUUCGGUAAUCACUUUAUCAUCGGUCUUAAAUUUCUUGCCAGCGAGCAUUCUCUUCAGGUCUGCGAACAGAAAAUAGUCUCUGGGAGCCAGAUCUAGAGAAUACGGUGAAUGCGGGAGCAAUUCGAAGCCCAAUUCAUGCAAUUUUGCCAUCGUUUUCAUUGAUUUGUGAUUUUUGCAUUUUUUUCACAAUAAUAAAAGUUGCUUCACUCACAAUGCUGUAACUCACGAACCAAUCGACCGAUUGCAAGAGGCGCUAUCUAGACGUCAACCUUAUAAGCUUUUCAGCCGAACUGUUAUAAUAUAAAUUUAUUUUCAGAAAAAAAUUGUCACUCAAGAUUCUUGCCUAAGCUUCCAUAUAAACGGCUAUUAUCAUUCCUCCUAUGGUAGCAUUAUGUUUUCCAUGGUAUCAGUAUAAAGGUUAGUAGCUCUUUCAUCCAGCCAAUUAAGAACUCGAAGAAACAUCCCCAGACAAAGAGAUUUCCUCCUCCAUGUGAUGUAUCGUCUGGCCAUAGAAUGUUCUCUUACCAUUUUCGGGGCUCAACCCAAUCGAAAUUAUCGCAAAUUUCAGGUCUUGCUUCAAGAUGCUUCCAUGUGAGCAUUAAGACUGUUUUAUUUUGGAAAAUUGAUAUACCAUAUGUUUUAAAAUUAUAUCAUGAUAAGCGUUGUCGGUCCAUUCGAUGUUUGCGCUAUUGAAAUUGAUCUUUGUUCGAAAAAAUGGAUGUUCAUGUAAAAUAACGCACUCCUAUAUCUUCUAUUUUCUAUAUCUAUAUAAAUAAAAAUGAAACACCAAAUAUGUUGAUAAGCGCAAAACCCGAAGAAGGAAUGAUCCGAUUUCAGUCGUCAUUAUUUUGUUGUAUUCGUCUUGGCCCAUAGAUCAAUAUAACGGAUAGAAAAAUAGGAAAAUUUUCGGAAAACUCUGAGGGAAGUUUGUAAAAUUCGGUAAAUUGAAUACCCAUAUGUUCGAAAUUUACAUCAUGAUAAGCGUUGUCGGUCCAUUCGAUUUUUGCGCUAAAGAAAAUGAUCUUUGUUUGAAGGUGGAAAUAAAUUUUCAGGCGAAAUAACACAUUCAUAUCUAUAUAAACAAAAAAGGAAGGCCAAAUGUGUUGCUAACCACAAAUCUGCCCAUAGAACAAUGUUAUGAUGAGAAAAAGUUUAGAACUUUGUUCUGAAGAAUUCAUAUCAAAACAUUAAUUUUGGGCGGGAUGAUGUUCGUCGGGUCAGCUAGUACUAUAAAUUGAAAAAAAACAUCAAGACAAUUUCCUAUACGUCCCAUAGAACACAUUUCUGUAGGAGUGGCCUAUAUCGAUUUUCAAAAAAAAAAACAAGAGGAGUGGUUUCCAAGACACAAUCGCAUUGUUAACGUAGGACUACGAAAUGAAUGCAGGCGAGACUGAACUUUAUAGAAAUUUUUUUGAAUCGUCGGUAACCAUAAUGCCAUGGUGUCCGGUUCGUUGUCCGUGAUAAGGAAUCAUAUUCCGGUUAGCACAAAUGAAACCGAGUACAAAAGUACCCGCAGGUUGCAUAUUUCGAUUAGACGAUUUUACCAGCCUCCUCGGUUUUUCAUCCGUGUUAUGGAAACACAUUCCGUUGUGCAAAUGCAAAAGAGUAUUGUUUUGAUGUGAUUGUUUUGAUUUCAAUUUUUGCAUUUAAAACAGUUUUUGAGCUAUUAGAACAAAUUUCUGAGUCAAUAAGUAACAAACAUCAUUCGUUGACUUUUUAUCUGUCGAAUAAAUUGAUUAUCACAUUAUUUCGUUCAGCCGGUUACUAAAGGUGGAAAUCUAAUGCUGCGUUGUUCGUUGCUUCUCAUCAGCUGUCAUUGCUUGCGUUUUGUACUAAAACGCCGACGCAGUCUGUUGAUUUGCAGUCACAAUCUAGCAUUCGCGUCUCCACUUUUCAUGUAAACAAAAACAAAAUAAAAUUCGUAUGAAAAUCUUGUUCUUGUCCGCGGAUCAGUUGAAUGUUUUUAAAAACAACACAUUGACAUAUUCGCGAUGGCGGCAUUGAGCUUCGUUUACUAGUUUAAAAGAAUAGCUGAUUUCCAGUCGGAAUGAACACGUUUUCAAAAUUAAAAUUAUGAAUGAAAAUUAGCUUUUGCAUAUUAAACUAGUAUUCUAUUUAUGAAGUGUCAAAGCACAAUUGUCGCAACGCGACGCAUAGCGCGGCAUUCUGAUCCCACCUUAACGCUCAAAACUUCGUGCCUCUAACAUAACGAUCUCAUUUUCGAAACAUUGAAUUUGAACCCCAGUACAGAAAUGGAAGACGUUAAAAGCACCAAAAUGUAUCUCCCUUUUUAGAAGACAGUCCUGACUAAUACUGGAGAAAUAGAAUAGAGUAGGAUAGUGGGGGUAAAAUGAGCAUGCGGUUGAUUUGAAUAGUUACAUUUUGCUUUUCAUAUUGACGUUAACGAGUACACCUGCUUCAUGCUAUUCUAUGGUAUUUGACCCACCCUAUAACAAUAUCGAACUGUUAGAAAUAGAAAAGGUGAACGAAAACUAGACGUUGGUUAUAUAUGUGAUAUAAUCGCAAGGUUAACGUAGGACUACAGUUGGCUUAGUAAUCAGUGUAUCUGAAUCAAUUCACGAUGAAUGAAAGAUAUAUUUUGAGAAAUUGAUGAACGUUCUGCUUUAAAUGAACAAAUGGUUGAGCAUAGAAAUUGAAUUUUGGCUGAUACAGAGAAAUACAUAAAAUUCGACUCUUUUGAACUGACUAGGGGUCCGGAAAAGGGUCGCGUUGGCGCGAUGGCGUUGUAGAAGCAACUGAAGAAGAUACAUAAUUGAAUCGUUUGUUUGAGAAACCUCAUAAAUCCAUUUGACGCCCUUGCGAGAAAACGACAAAAACAUUUUUUCUCAAAAUUUUGACCUGGCCCUCCAAUUUGUUGGUAUGAGGUUCGGUUAUGAGACCCAAAACAUGUUAUUUGGGACUACUACUUCAUCAAUAUGACAGGUUAAGCUCAAAAUAUAGCGCUUCAAAGUAAGUGAACUUAUGGGGUUUCUCAAACAAGUGAUUCAAUUAAUUUUAAGUACUGUUAAUGUUCAUAAUGCAACAGUUCUUAAUUGAGGGCUUACUAUGCCUUUCCGAAGCAUCCAAUAGUGCAUUGUGUGACAGGGCAAGCUAAACGAAACGCUAAUUGCUCCAGGACCAUCGAGUAAAUUUCCAAGCUGAAAAAGACGUUAGACAGUGGUGAGGUUUAAACCUUCCCCUUCCUAUUUUUGUAUGCCGGUCCAUUGAUUCUUGCCCUUUUUUAUGACUUUAUAUUCUGCUGUCCGCCGAACAUUUCGGGUCGUGUCUGGGUCGUAAUCCGAAUCAGAAGACACCCCGAUUAAGUUGAGUUGUGCAUGCUUCUUACGGCUCGGAUGUGAACAAUGAAUGAAAUUGUAUAUCUAUCGCAGCGUUGCCCGUGGUGAUAUUAGAGACAUGGACUCAUGGGGUUUCUCAAACAACAUAAUAUUUGCAACCCCGAUUUCAAGGGGUUCGUAGAACUCAUUUUUUCUGAUGUUUUGAAAGUAAAUGUAGGUACCCUCAAGGACUCAAAAAAUGCCAAAAAGUCAAUUUUGAUAAAAAUGGCGUUCAUGAGGUUUAUCAAACAAACGAUUCAAUUAUUUCUUGUGAAAGAAAUACAUGAGAUAUGUGUCCUUAUUGCCAAUAUGUAUCUUUUCUUAAAGACAUUUACAGCCACCACAGAAGAUAUUUUAUUUUUUCAACGAUCAUCAUUAUAUAUCUCUGUCACCGUAUAAAAUCAACAACCCUUAUGUACGAUACAGUACACAUACUAUCUGCACCUAAUGGUAUGAAAACCAAUGAUGUACGGAACCCGUGAGAGCUUCCGCAGCAAUCCACUCAAAGCUUUUGUGAACAUUCUACAUUGGCACGGUUGCUCAUAUUGAACAAUGCGGUUUUUCUCUUAACUUUUCAAUAGGACCUAUCUGUUUUGAUUGAUUCUCUUCAUCGGCAUUCUCUUUAGAUAGCAACUGCCCGGAAUUUUUGUAAGAUAGUUUGAUAAACAAGACUCUCUCCUUGGAUUCAGAUCGUCGAACACAUCAGGAAAUGUAUUACCACGAAGUGAAUAACGGCAGAGAAUGUCGAUGAAGAGAAUCGAUCAAAUCAGAUAGAUUCUAUUGAAAAGUUAAGCGUGAUGUCUUAUUCGUAUUUCGUAUGCUAUUGAAUCCAUAGCUUAUGUAACAUUUGUACGCACCUAUAUCGAAUCAUCAUCGAUAGUUCAUUUUUAGAAUAUAAACAGGAUUGAGAGAGAGCAUAUUGCUUUGGUAAGCAAGCGAGACGAUUUUUCACUUUGAACUUUGAACGUACACUCCAUAUAGAAAUGAAAGACUCAGUCCAACGUCAAAACACAAAAUCAUAAUUGAUUCGGGCGCAGACUUAGUUUUUACGGCUUUGAUAUUAAAUAUUUUGAGCAGUUUCAUUUCAGAAUUCAAUUCACUGUUAUAUAUACCGAAAUGUGGAAUAUGUUAGAUAAGUAUCAAACAGGCAAAUUCUUUUUAGAGUGUGGGUGGCGUGGAACGGGCAGGAUAUCAGUAAAAAUAAGGCGGACAGUAAUAAGUUAGAAAUAUAUCUGUUUAUUUUAUUCGUGAGGAAGAAUUCUCUCGUCUAUAAGUGGAAAACGUAAAAAUCACUUGGCAUGCUUCGGAGAUCUGGGACAAACAUGUUCUGUGGUAGGGCAAGACGGCACCGCCCACCUAAGAAAACCAAUUUUCAGUUAAACGUCCUUUAGAAUUUCCCCUAUUUGUUGUGCUGCAUAUCAUUGAGUAUAUAAUAAUCUACUACUAAAAAAUGUAUAACUGUUGAUUGUAUAACUUUUUUGGCGUUUUUGACGUGGGACUACGUCUAACCGGAAUAUAUGGAGGGUAAAAUGAAAACCUAAACACAGAACAUGCAGAAAAAAAUGAAAGAUUUCGAAUGCUUAUAGCUCGAACAUUUCGUACUGGAUAGGAGAGAUGUUUGCAUCACUUGAUAGGGAAUAUUUCUACGCAUCUAUCGCAACUAACAAAAUGUUGUUUUUCAUUAGAUAAACAAUUGAAUAACUGUAAAAUAUUAGGCGUUAUCUAAACGCCCUAACUGCAUGGUUUUGAUUGGCCCGAUUUACGGUUUCCCUAACACAGCCAUCAAAACCAAGCAGCCUUGGGGGAAUCGGCAUUGCAAAUACAUGAAAGUAGGGGGACUUUUGUUCUUAUCGAAAAAAGUUCCCUAACACAGACUUUAAAACCAAGCAGUGAAAUCGGCAUUGCAAACACACGAAAGAGCCUAGAGGCGAGUGAACUGAAAAGUUUAAACCCUCUUAAAGCCAAAAAGAAGAAGAAGAACACACGAAAGUAGGGGGAGCUUUUGUUCCCACCAAAAUGUGUUCCCCAAUAGAGAUUUCUAAACCAAGGUGCCUGGAGAAACCGGUAUUUCAAAUUCAUGCAAGUCGGGGGUAUUUUUGUUCCGACUGGAAUGUGUUUCCCUAACACAGACUUCUAAUCCAUGGAGCGUGGGGAAAUCGGCAUUGCGAAUUCAUACAAAUCGGGGGUAUUUUUGUUCCGAUUGAAAUGUGUUUCCCUAACACAGACUUCAAAACCGAGGUUUCUGGGGAAAUCGGCUCUGCAAAUAAAUGCAAACUGCGAGUACUUUUGUCCUCGCUUGCCUUUGUGCAGAGUGGAAUAUGUCUGUCCUAACAUGAUCUUCUAAAUUUAGGAGCCUGGGAAAAUCGUGCCUAGAGUCUGCACGCGAAUGAACUUCCCAGUUUCAAGCAAAUUCGAGAUUCGAGAAGUAUGUACACUUUUGGGAUGUAAACUUCAGAGGGAAAUGUAAAAUAAAAUAAUCGUUUGAUAAUUUUUUUUUGUCUUUAUUGGAAAGAUUUUCAGCCUUAGGCUGGUUCAUCAAACGUUUGAUAAUUCUUCCGUACAUAUAUUUUGUUCUAGUCAUCAUACCAAACGUAAAAGGUCCGUCAUUAAAUUUACUUGUAACGAAGAACAAUCAAUCACAAUAAAUGAAUUGACUUUACACGGCAUUUGUUCAUUUUUUUCACUCACAGAGCAAAUAUAUUGAACUCAAUUGAAUUUGGAAACUGUUUCAUUCAAUCAAGAAUUUAAUCAAUACAAACGAUUGAUUUCUAAGCUAAGGUAGUUCCACGUCAACCUUGCGGUUAUAUCAUAGAUAUAACCCACUCAUUUUUUUUUCAUUAAUUUUUGAAAUGAUAAAAAAUACUUUUCAUUUUGCUGGCGGGGUAAGAAGGACCACCCGCGGGGUAAAACGGACCAUGACGGACCACGGGGUAAACGAUAAGACGGAGCGAUUCUAUUUUCAAACAGUUUAAUCUAGUAAAAAUAACAGGAACAGUUUUCUCUAAGGUACCAAAUGUUUAGGGUUAUUCAUAAAAUACACACAAACUUCUGUAAAGGCCAACCAUAUUUCACGUGCAGAGUUUUAAAAAUAUUCGUGAAAAAUUUACGAAUUUUUCGGAAUCUAUAUGGACGAUUAUCUACGUGGGUCUAAAAUCCCUUAAAAUCUGUUCACGUGAAGUCUGAAUGACCCCGAAGUAUGUAUUUCUGAUUCCGAUUCGAUAUGAUGUUUCGUUCAGCCAGCUCGAAUGACAGUUCCUUGACAUCUUGCAUUGUGAUGGCGUAGAAUCGACUCUACAGCUACAGCAAAUGCUCAACCAGUUCUUGUUCCUGAGUAGUGGUAAAAACUGGAUCACCUGGAUUCCUAAACUGACUGAUGGACAUGCCGUUGGCCACUGCCGCUUUAGCCAUAUUCAACUUAUCCAACGUCCACUGCAUCUGCAAAAAAAACUGCAAAAAAAUCAUGUGCAAAUCAUAUCGAAUUCCACUCGCUCUCGCAUCUGGGUUGCAAAAAAGCAAAACUCCAAUGGAUAGCAGCCUAGUUAACGCAAGCACUGUCAAAGAGCAGUCCAGUUGAAUUAGCUCCAGUUAACGAACGACUGCUAUAUUUAUGUAUCUUAGGAAACUCAUGUUUCCCAAAACUUAAAUGCAUUUUCAUGCAGUACAAUGUACUGUUUUUUUUUAUUUUUU